AUGAAGAAAGACAAUUAUCAUUAUGAGAGGUUAUCUGAGCAGCUUGAACAUAUGGACAAGAAGUCAAUGGACAAGUUAAAACAAAACCUGAGAGAUUCUUACCUAUAACUUAAAGACCUCAAUCACAGAUGCCUAAUAGAUUUAUCGAAUGUUGAGAAAAAUGACAAAAGAAUAUUCUAUUUCAAACCAGAAAGCGUUUUACUAUAAGACCCUGAAAAGCAAAGACAGUUUAGAGAUAACUUGAUUAAAAAAGUAGCCUCAGCUCCAAAUAUUAAGCAAAAUCCUACAUUAUCAGAAGAGCUAACUCAUGAGAUGAAUUCAACGAUGAUUGAUCUUACUGAGCCAGACUCUGUUAGAAUAUAGUUAGCUUAAUUCUACCAAAGAAGGCUUUACAACAUUCAACACAAGAAAUACAAGCUGCUGCUAAGAUGGGCUCACUUUGCUUUGACUUCUGAAUACCUAGAUAGAAUUGGUCAUCAUGGAACUUUCACUUAUGGACGAUUGUAGAGACCUAGAACCAAAGGAGCAGAUGAUGAAAUUUCUUCAAGUAUGUAUAAUGAAAAUCCCAGAAAGGAUCCAUUGAGUUGUAUUAGAAUGGAUGAUUUUGAGAUAUACCUGAGGUAGCAAUCAUAUGAAGUAAAACUUUUUAGAACUGUAGAAAAGUUCAUUGCCAGAUUAAAAUGGCUACCUCAUUUUAAGAGAUAUGAUAUGUUUAAAGAGUCUCAUAUUCUAAUAAAAGUUGAGUAAGAGAAAUUGUACAAUUAAUAGCGAGAAUUUGAAAAAAGAGUAAGGUAAAGAUUCGAUCAAUCUAAUAUGAGGAAAUCAGAUGAUUUAAUUGUUUAAAUGGAAGAGAUACUCUAAGUAGAUUAUAAUUCAGCAAAAAUUUAAUCAAAUCAAUACUUUACAAAGGCUCCUACAAGCAUUACUAAUGUUAUGGAACUUUAAUUGAUUAUUUAAGAGAGAGCUGCUGAGUUUAAGAUAUUCGGUGAUAUAGAAUUGGAUGAGGGUCAUUCAUUCACAUAUCAGGUUAACAUUUUCUUUACAACCUACUUUUAAAGAUAAAUAAUCAAGAGCUAGUUUUCAAUCUAUGAUGCAACAGUAAGAGAUAUGAAAGAUGCUUACGAAAGUAAUGAAGAAGUUGAUGAUGAUGUUGGAGAUCUAAAUGAAAUUCAAAGAAGAAACUUGAAAUCUCUUAUGCUUAUAGAUUUUCAGAUGGUAGAUCAUUUCAAUAGUAACUAAGAUCAAGGAAAUCUAUUUCUACUAAAAAAAGGAAAAAAAAUCAAUGAGCAAAUUCCUGAAUUGAAAAAGAAUUUUUAGGACAUCAUAGUAAUCAGACUAAAAAAAUGUUACUGGCUGCAUGAAGUUUUAUUAAGACCUAGAGUUGAUGAAACUAUGAGAAGAUAAAACGCAUUUUUCUCAUUCGAAUAUGCACCAGAUCUACUACUCUAGUCUAUUUAAGACUUCACUGAAAUAAAUGAUAUUUCUUCGAUCAAUACAAUUUACAACGACUUGACAAAUAUUUACAACUAAGUUGUCUAAAAUUAAGAAAAGAUGAUUGAUGAUUUUGAAUAAAUAGUAAAAACAAGCUUAGUAACAGAUUAAUAAGCCAAAAAGCUACUAGAUCAUUUCAAAGAAGCCUUAAAAAUUCAUACUUAGGAAAACAAACAUCUAAAUCGUAUGAAAAAUGAAGAGUCUUCUCAAGAGUAAAAGGUCUUAGUUUCAAAAAACUCUAUUUUAAGAGUGCUACCAAAGCAUUACAUUCAGUCUAUGUAUACUUUAAGACAUAUGAAAAUUAGAGAUACUAAGACCAAGCUUUUAUAUGCACUAAACUUUUUUAGAGCAGUGCAGAAAAGACUAACUCUUGAUUUGAGAGAGUUUGUUGGUAGAGAAGUUGUUAGUUAAAAUGUUGAUUCACAACCACCUUAAGAGGCAAUAUACACUGGCAAAAGCUCAUAGAUUAUAAGUGGAAAUAUAAACUAUUCUUUCAAGUAAACAGAUAAGACCCUUGAUAAAAAUGAACCUAAAAUAGAGCCUUAAUUAAAAGAUGAAAAUGACGUUGAGGACAAUGAGCAUGAUGAAGAUCAGCAAUUUGAUAAAACUAAUCUAUUAGAUGUGAAAAAAUGGAAGUAUAACGGAUAGUUCCAUAAUCAUAUGCUUAAUACUUGCCCUAUAAUUCCUUAAUUUCAUUCAACUCAUGGAGAACCAUUAUAAGAUAAAUUUACCUAACAAGAUUUUACAGAUUCAAAAUCAACUACUAAAACACAUGUGACAAGGAAAAGUUCUUCAUAUCUUACCAGAAUGGAUUUCUUUAAGGUAAAUGAAGAAUCUAAAGAAAUUUUCGUAAUUGAUGAUUAUGGAAUGUACAUAUUAUACGACUGCUCUCUAGAUGAUAUGGUUUAAUUAGACAAAGAAAUACUUAAAAUAGGAACAUAUUUCAUAAAGAAAAAUGAGAGCUAAUUUGAUUUCAAGCAAUAUAAAUUCCCCUUGGUUGAGAGAUUCUAACUAAUGGAAGAUAUAGUAGUAUCUGAAUUUGAGUUUUACUACAUCAAAGCGAAAUUAGUAAUGGUAUAUUUAGAAGCAUAUGAGCAUAUAUGUGAUCCAUUAGAAUAGUAAAGAAUGAUGUAGAUUAUAAUUGAUCUAAUAAGCUCGAGACCUAGAAUAGAUUAUCAGAAUAGUAACUAUUUCAUGGAAAGUUAUAAAGCUGAGAUCAUAUGUUAUGAGACUCAUUAUAGACUCAUGAGAGAAGUUGUUGAUUAUCAAAUGAAAAUGGAGAAAAAGGAAAAUUAAAGUAUGAGAGAUUAUUUGUAAAUGACCUAUAAAAUUGCUAAUUAAUAUGUAAACAAGUAAUGGUCAGACUCAAAUUAGGAAGAUAUCAAGAAGGAUGUCAAAACAAGGCAAGUCAUAUAAGGUGGAAUGAGAUUUAAUGAUCUUUAAGAAAUAUAAGAAUAACUAAAGGAAUAAUAAGAGUAAUAAAGGCAGAGUUAAGAUCCUAGCAACAAAGAUGAUGCAGAUAAUUAACAAAGAGAAAGUAAUGUAGACAAGUUCGCUGAAAUUUUGGGAUUAAAAAAUUAAACAGUGGAAUAGAUGAUGAAAACUUAAUCUAGGAGUGAUGAAAUAACGGAAGAAGCAAUGAAUUAAGAUGCAAAUUUCAUUAAAACCUAAGAGGGAUAUCCUGUUUUUAUAAGAGACAGUAAUGAUUCACUUUCAAGAGUUAAAUUCACAGACUUUUCCAAUGAAAUUGGAGUACUAGAUUUCUAUGAAUCACUCACAGCUAUUCCAAAAGUAGUUGCUUCAAUCUAAAUAGUAUUUGAAGAGGUGGUAGAGACUUGUAUGCCUGCUAAUUAGCUUUAACUGAUAUCCCUGAAUACAAUAUACCUAGAAAAAUGUUUUGUAGAGUUUAAGAAAUGUGUGGCUUUUGCAUAGGAUGAAUUAAUUGAAUACAAGGGAUCUUAAUAUAUAGAGAAUGAUUUGAUAAUGACAUCUCCUGAUAAAUUGAUGUUCUUGAUUAAAGAUAUGGUAGGUCAUCUGUCCAGAACCUACAAGAAGAGUUUAAAUCCAUUCUUUGUCUCUAAGCUUGAUUUUUUUACUGUUCACAACUUCUAGUUUUAAGAUAUGCUAAAAGAAUAAAUGCAAACCUAACUAAGACUUGAUGUUAAUUUUACGAGAAAUUUCAUAGAAACUCAGCUUCAAAGCAAAGGAAAUUAAGCAAGAUUUUUCCCCAAAUUGCGAGAAGAUGAUAGAAAAGUUAAUGUACCCCCAAUGCUUUUGGUAUUUUGUAAUUUGAUUGAAGUUAUUAGAUUAAGAGAGUUGAUGAUAACUAAUCUCAGUGAGACCUAAGUUCUCACUGAUUUUUACAUGCAUCUUAGAGAUUUAGUCAACAGAAGCAACUACAAGCUACUUUACCAGAACUAGCUCAUCUUUGAAACAUUUGCAGUUUCCAAGGAGUAAAUAAACUUCGUAGAAGAUGGAUCACUCACAGAUGUUGAUAUUGACUUAGCUAUUAAUGAAUAUGAUUCUAAUUUAAGGUCUAAUCUUAAUUUCAUGAAUUCAGAAUCUGUUUAAUGUCUAGUUUUAGAUGGAGGUGUUUCUGAACUUAGGGCUGCCACUACAUAUCAAGUUUUGUAGAAACAACUAUUGAUUGUAGCAGUAAAAACUAACAUGAAGAUGAUGGACUAGUAUAUGAGAGCUGUAGCUGAGAUUGAGUUAUUUUAAUAGUAUCGAAUUAAAGUUGAAAAUUCUAUAGUUGAUUAUAAAGUUUUCUAUAGACUCAAUGGGACGGUUAAUGAUGAGCUUGUAGCAUCAUAUAGAUCAAAGUACUCCAGCAAUAUGACUUAUGAAUUAGCAGAAGAAUUUAUGCAGAUACUACCCAUUAAAUAGCAUGCAAGAGCUAUUGUUGAAAAAAAGUUUAAGCAGACAAUUAACUAAUUGGCUAAUUUAAAGGAGCAAUAUCUAGAUAUUACUUCAUAAGUUCAACAAAUGCCUAACUAUUCAAUAGCUUGGCUUAUGCGAGACUAUAAGAUAUCUCUAUUAUUUUGUCUGAGCAAUUAGAUAUGCAAAUAAAAUAUGAUAGAGGCUACCAAGUUUGAAUGCAUGCAAAGUACUUUUGAAAUAAAGAAGCUAAUGAAUUUGCUGCCAAAGGACAUUGCAUUAUUUAAAUUGCAAGAAAAUGAGAUGAAGGAUUGUUUCUUCCAAAAUAUGUAUUAUGACAAAACUACUGAAUUAGAAGAGUAACCUUAUUUUACCAGCAUUGAGACUGGUGAAUUAUAAAAUAUACUUGUUCUUCCCUCUUACAAAUCACUGAAUAAAAUUCAAUGUUACACUCAAGAAGAAAAGAAAAUCAUAGAAGAUAUCACAUGCUUUGACUAGGUCUCAAAAUAGCUUGAGUACUAAUUGGAUUAAUUCAAAAGAAACAACAUCGACCAUGUAAAUUUGAAGUAAAAAAUGAGAAAGGUAAUUAUUGAAUUGAAGAAGCACUUAAAUUCAGAUUUAAAAGUAGUAUAAGAACAAAUAAUGAUUGGUAAAUUGAGAAUGCUUUAAAAAACUUUGCUUGAUAUGUUUGAGAUGAAUUUUUAUCUCUCUAAACUUUAGAUGCAUCCUCUAGAAUGCUUAUAAAUGGAAAUAGCAGCUGAAAAAUUCCUUCCGUUUUGGUAACCUUAAGAUACAUUAUUAGAGGAUUAGCUAUUGACUGAAGUUGAAGAUGAAGGUCUUGGAGAGAAGAUAAUGAAAAAAUUGAUUUUUGAAAAGAGGCAAAAAUAGAGUUUGAAUGACGAGAUGGAACAAUUAGGUAAAACUGUAAGAAGUGUUUUCAUAAGAAUGAUCAGUGACAUUGUCACAGGAACUUUACAAGAAUCUCUUGAUUAUCUUCAGAGAUACAAUUAAUUAACACACUACAAAAUCAUAGCAGGAAUUUUGAAUGUGCUAAAUAGUUUCUACUUAAAAAAUAAAUCUCCAAAAUCAUUACUUGAUCUCCAUUGGGGAUUCAGAGAAAUAUCCUCAAUAGAUCUUAUAUCUCCAGUAUUUUCUAAUGGAACUGUAAUUCAUUAUACUUUGAUUGAUCCUUAUCAAAGAUAAAUAAGCCAUUAGAUGAAGCAAGAUUAUGAAUAGUUUAAUCGAACUAUAAAAGGUUUAAAAUGUGAAAAUGAACUGAUAACUGGAGAAUUUGUCCUAAUGGAAGAUUUGUUUUAUUUAGCUACGAGUCAGAUACCAAGUUCAAAUUAUGUUGGAAAGAGCUAUAGUAGAUAGUACAAAUAUCUAAAUGUAAUAUAAUUUUUUAAUUUAUUUAGAGUAUGA